CAGGGGCUCAUCUCAAAAUCAUGCUCCAAUUCGGGAGUCUAACUCCGCCAGAAUUUCAUGGGACUGAAGGGCCCGAGGCUGUGGCGGAGUGGAUCCGUCAGUUAGAGCAGAACUUUGACCUCCUGCAGUGCUCUGACGAGCAGAAGGUUAUUUGUGGGCGCUAUAUGCUUAAGGGAAGUGCCGCCUUGUGGUGGUCCGGCUAUUGGAGGUUGAGGCAGGCGGAGUUUUAUGUCUUGACUUGGGAUCGCAUGAAGGAGGUGAUCAUGGAGAAGUAUUAUCCUCAGGGUUAUCGCAUGAGGAUGGAGCGCGCUUUCUGGAAUCUUACCCAGGGGACUGGUACCGUUGAGGAGUACGAGCGGGAGUUCACCCGCAUGAGCGCCUUUGCUCCACAUAUGGUGGACACUGACCUGAAGAAAGCUCACAAGUUCCGAGAUGGGCUGAGUCAAACUCUUCGUAUGCAUGUUGCUAGCCAGGGAAAUCUUUCCUUUGAUGAGACUGUUAUCCGAGCCACCCAGCUGGAGAGUUAUCAGACUCUCGAUACUUCUGUCCCUUCUGCUCAGCUAGUCCACCCCAUUGCUUCUGCACUGCCUGGCUCUAGUUCGGGUAAGAGAAAGUUUGAUUCCCGCCGUGAUAACCGGAAGGGAAAGCGUGGCGGGAAUGACCGUCGUGGCGGGCGCCCUGCAUCUUAUGAUCAGAAUCCGAAGUGCCCUAAGUGUGGUCGAUAUCAUCCGGAAGAAUGCCGUUUCACUCAGCGAGUUUGCUUUAACUGCAUGAAGCCCGGCCAUUUCUUCAGUGCUUGCCCCAAACCCCCGAGACAGCAGGCCCAACAGCAGCAGCAGCUUCCUCAUCCACCUUACCCACAGCAGCAGCCCAGACAGCCCCCACCCCCAAACCAGCAGCGUGCAGGAGGCCAGGCUCGAGUCUAUACCAUUGCUCAUGACGAGGCAGCCAACAAUGCAGGUACUAUGUCUGACAUGAUUUCCUUAUUCGAUGUGCCUAUCUUUGCAUUAUGCGACACUGGGGUUACUCAUUCCUUUAUCUCGUCUCAAUGCCUUGAGGCACUUUCUAUUAGCAAUGUGUGCAACUGUGAUCCUCUCGAGGUUAGUCUAGCCUCGGGAAAGACUAUUAUCUCCAACUCUUUGAUUCCUUGUCUUCCAGUCAGUAUUGGUGGGUAUAUUUUAGAGGCUGAAUGCUAUGUUAUUGAAAUGCGGGACUUCGAUGUAAUCUUGGGCAUGGACUGGCUCACUCGCUAUCGAGCCGACAUCCGGUGCCAGGAGCGUGAAGUCACUCUAUUCCCCAUUUCCGAUCAGCCUGUUAUUUUCUAUGGGGUGAAGUCGAGGACUGUGCCUCGAAGGUCCCCGGAGAGUGUCUCUAUCGUCUGCGAGUAUCUCGACGUCUAUCCUGAUGUGUUGCCCGGAGGACCGCCCGACCGUCAAGUGGAGUUUACCAUUGAUCUAGUACCAGGAGCCGACCCUGUUUCUAAGGCCCCUUACCGUAUGGCGCCAAAGGAGCUUCAAGAGCUCAAGGCCCAGAUCCAGGAGUUGCUCAAUCUUUGUUUCAUUCGUCCGAGUGUUUUGCCAUGGGGAGCGCCUGUCCUAUUCGUGAAGAAGAAAGACGGAUCGAUGCGCAUGUGUAUUGACUAUCGGGAGUUGAAUGCCCUUACAGUCAAGAACAAGUAUCCCCUUCCUCGCAUCGAGGACCUUUUUGACCAGCUGAGGGGAGCCAGCAUCUUCUCGAAGAUUGACUUGCGUUCUGGCUAUCAUCAGCUGAAGAUCCGUGAGUCUGAUAUUUCUAAAACUGCUUUCCGUACCCGAUAUGGCCAUUAUGAGUUCGUGGUUAUGCCAUUUGGACUUAGCAAUGCCCAGGCCGUGUUUAUGGACCUUAUGAAUAGGGUCUUUCAUCCUUUCUUAGACCAGUUUGUCAUUGUGUUUAUCGACGACAUCCUGGUUUAUUCCCGAGAUAUCGACCAGCACAAGGAGCAUCUGAGGAUUGUGUUGGAGACUCUUCGCCGCGAGAAGUUGUAUGCUAAGUUCUCGAAGUGCGAGUUUUGGCUGGAUCGUGUGGCAUUCCUUGGCCACAUUGUGACAUCGAGAGGCAUUGAGGUGGAUCCCAGCAAGAUCGAGGCCGUGAGAAAAUGGGAUACGCCAAGGAGUGCAGCUGAUGUUCGUAGUUUCCUGGGGUUAGCAGGAUACUACCGGAGGUUUAUCGAGGGCUUCUCGAAGAUAGCCCAACCACUAACCAACCUUACGAAGAAAGCCGUGAGGUUCGAAUGGAGUCCUAGGUGUGAGGAGAGUUUCCAGGAGUUGAAGAGGAGACUCACUACCGCGCCCGUUCUAUCCAUUCCCGACCCUACUUUGGAGUUCACCAUCUAUAGUGAUGCUUCGAAGAUGGGUUUGGGAUGUGUUCUUAUGCAGCAGGGGAGAGUCGUAGCGUAUGCUUCGAGGCAGCUGAAGCCUCACGAGCAGAACUACCCCACUCAUGAUCUAGAGUUAGCUGCAGUCGUCCAUGCCUUGAAGAUUUGGCGGCACUACCUCUAUGGAGGCAAGUGUGAGAUUUUCACCGACCACAAGAGCCUAAAGUACAUUUUCACUCAGAGGGAGCUGAAUAUGCGGCAGCGUAGGUGGUUGGAACUGGUCAAGGACUACGAUUGCACGAUUAGCUACCUUCCUGGGAAAGCUAACGUGGUAGCCGAUGCCCUUAGUCGAAGGAGUUAUGGCCAGUUGUCUU